UCUUGAGCGACGUGGCCGAUCUGUUGGGUUUGGACUCCUUUCAGCUGUCCGAGGUGCUGACACAGAGAUCCAUGAUCCUCCGGGGUGAAGAGAUCCUGUCUCCUCUCACAGUGGAGCAGGCUACAGACUCCCGUGACUCUCUGGCCAUGGCGCUCUACGCUCAGUGCUUUUCCUGGCUGCUCGGAAAGAUAAAUGCUCGUGUCCGCGGGAAGGAGAACUUCAAGUCUGUCGGAAUUUUGGACAUUUUUGGUUUCGAGAAUUUUCAGGUGAAUCGUUUUGAGCAGUUCAACAUUAAUUACGCCAAUGAGAAGCUUCAGGAAUAUUUCAACAAACACAUAUUUUCAUUGGAGCAGCUGGAAUAUAACAGGGAAGGCAUCAACUGGGAAGCCAUAAACUGGAUGGACAAUGCGGAAUGUUUGGAUCUAGUCGAAAAGAAACUCGGUUUGUUGGCUCUGAUCAAUGAAGAGAGUCGUUUCCCUAAAGGCACAGAUUUCACUUUGCUUGAGAAACUCAAUAACCAACACAACAAUAACCCCCACUACGUGAAGCCACGAGUGACCGAAAACCAGUUUGGAAUCAAGCACUAUGCGGGGGAGGUCAUGUAUGUUGUGAAGGGUUUCCUGGAGAAGAACAGGGACACUUUCCGGGAUGAUAUCUUGAACAUGCUUAGAGACAGCAGAUUGGACUUUAUCUAUGAUCUGUUUGAGAAGGUCUCCAGCAGAUCUGGAGGGGAGACUCUAAAGAUGGGGACGCUGAAGAAGAAACCCACAGUCAGUUCUCAGUUCAGGGAAUCCCUCCAUUCCCUCAUGGCGAUGCUCAGUACUUCAAACCCUUUCUUCAUCCGCUGCAUUAAACCCAACACAGAGAAGCUGCCAAGCAAAUUCAGUCCAGACAUUGUCCUGAACCAACUGAGGUACUCUGGAAUGUUGGAGACUGUGAAGAUCCGGAGGGCCGGGUACCCUGUGCGCAGACAGUACCAGGACUUCAUGGCCAGGUAUAAGAUGCUGCUGUGUAACAUCAAAGGUACAGAAGAUGUGAAGGCAAAGUGUGCUGUUUUCCUGCAGACUUUUGAUGCCUCCAAGAAGGAGUGGCAACUUGGCAAGACCAAGGUAUUCCUCAAAGAGGUGCUGGAGCAGCGGCUGGAGAAGAGUCGGGAGCAAGAACUGAAGAGGGCAGCCUUAGUAAUCCGGGCUUACAUCCAGGGGUACAUCGCCAGGAAGCAUUAUAAAACCGUCCGUCUCAGUAUUAUCAUCAUUCAGAAGAACUACCGGGCUCACUACUGGAGGGCUGCCUUUGUGCGCCUCCAACACUCGGCUCUGCAGUUCCAGAAGCACUGGCGCGGGAGGAAGGCCAGGCUCCUCUAUUGGCAAAUGCUGGAAGAGGAGAGGAAGAGACGAGAGGAGGAAGAGAGGAAGAGAAAAGAAGAAGAGGAGAGGCGGAGGCGGGAGCUGGAGGAGCAAAGGAAACUGGAGGAAGAGAGGAAGAGACGAGAAGAGGAACAGAGGAGGGAACAGGAGAGACUGGAGGCUGAGCUCCGCUCUGCACAGGAAGAACAAGAGAGAGCUCGGAACCUGGAGAACCUCUUGCUGCAGGAAGAGGAGAGAAGACAGAUGGAUGAGAUACUAAGACUGGAGAAAGAGAUUGACAAACUCAACCAACAGCAGAAACUGGAUGGUGUCUCCAUCUCGUGCAUCGAUACCCGGAAUGAGGUGACCCGAAAGCGUGAAGAGGAGAUCCACAAGCUGGAGAAGGAGGCCUCAAGAGUGGCACAAGAGUUUCUAGAGCUCUUGGACUUUGGUCAUUUGGAUGAGAGUGCUAACAGCCUGGAGAAUGGAAUUGAUGGAACUUUACAUGUGGAAGAGAGCUUGGUUGCACCUCUGGCUGAGGAAGAAGUAGAUGAAGGAUUCCAUGCAGAUGACGAAUUUUUGCCGCCUCCACCUCCUAUGCUGUUAGAAUAUGACCUCCCAGGGACCAAUGAUAGUUUCUCUGAGGAUGGCACUUACAUGAAAAUCCCUGAGGACCACAUUGGCAACUCCACAGAUUCACAAAUUUCUCCUCUGGAGCCGGUGUCUUCUCAAGAUGCUUAUACUGCCAUCUCAGAUCAGUCUGAGAGCAUUUAUCAGUGUUUAUCCGAUAAUCAGAGCAACAGCGAAGAAGCUCAAGAACCCAUUUACAGCUACCCACCGGAUGUGGAAUCUGAUUAUGACCAUGAAGAGUUUGAUGACGGCCCUCCAGGUUCAACUCAUGCUAGAAACUCCAGUGAUGGCCACCUCACUGACGAGGAGAUACCUCGAAUUUCCGAGCCUGAUAGCUAUGGAUCUCAGUGUGGAAGUCUAGAUUCAUUUCUGGACAGUGAUGAGGAAGUGGACAGCCACAUAGACACUGAUGAAGAACUGAUGACGUCCCGGGUCACUCUCUUCAAUGGAGGAGGACCACCAUAUUUUCACAGUUACCUGUACAUGAAAGCUGGAGGCUUAAUGAACAUGUGGAGACGGCGAUGGUGCGUUCUGAAGGAUGAGACCUUCAUGUGGUUCCGUACCAAACAAGAAGCUCUGAAAUGUGGAUGGUUGUAUAAGAAAGGGGGUGGGAUGUCCACACUGUCAAGACGCAACUGGAAGAGGCGCUGGUUUGUGCUGAGAGAGUCCAAGCUGAUGUAUUUUGAGAAUGACAGUGAGGAGCGGCUGAGAGGGACCAUCGAUGUCCGGGCAGCCAAAGCCAUCAUUGAUAUACACGAGAAGGAGAAUGCUUUGGAUAUUGUGACAGAUGAGAGGACGUAUCACAUUGUGGCAGAGACUCCGGAAGAUGCAAGCGGCUGGUUCAACGUUCUGAGCCGAGUUCAUAUGGCGACUGCCCAACAGCUGCGAGAUAUGAGGGAUGAGCAAGCCAACCCCAAGAAUGCUGUGGGAACGCUGGACGUCGGGCUCAUUGAUUCUGUCUGCGCAUCAGACUGCCCGGACAGACCAAACUCCUUUGUGAUAAUUACUGCAAACCGCGUCAUUCACUGCAACACGGACAUCGCGGAGGAGAUGCACCAUUGGAUCUCUUUGCUGCAGAAACCGCGAGGAGAGGCCAAGGUGGACGGCCAAGAGUUCCUCGUCCGUGGUUGGCUCCACAAGGAGGUUCAAAACAGCAACAAAAUGGCCUCUCUGAAGCUAAAACGGCGCUGGUUUGUGCUGACCCGAAAUGCUCUGGAUUACUACAAGACAUCGGAGAGGACGGCCUCAAAGCUCGGUACCCUAGUUCUGAACAGCCUGUGCUCCGUGAUGCAACCCGAUGAGAAGACCCACACCGAAACCGGAUACUGGAAUAUUGUGGUCUAUGGAAGGAAACACUCAUACCGACUCUACACCAAGCUGCUAAAUGAAGCCAUGAGAUGGGCCAACGCCAUUCAGGGAGUGAUUGAUAGCAAAUCCCCCAUAGAGACCCCAACGCAGCAGCUCAUCCGAGACAUCAAGGAGAACAGCCUGAACAGUGAAGCUGUGGAGCAGACAUACAGGAGGAACCCCAUCCUGAGAUAUACGCAGCAUCCCCUGCACUCCCCUUUGCUUCCAUUGCCCUAUGGAGACGUCAGCCUUAGUUUACAAAAGGAAAAGGGAUACACCACCCUCCAGGAUGAGGCAGUGAGGAUCUUUAACUCCCUGCAGGAAAUAGAGACGGUCCCCGACCCGGUCCCCAUAAUCCAGGGCAUCCUACAGACCUGCCAGGAUCUCAAGCCGCUCAGAGACGAGGUUUAUUGUCAGCUGAUCAAACAGACCAAUCACGUUCCUCAGCCCAACAGCGCGGGUAACCUGCGGCACUGGCAACUGCUCACCUGCAUGAGCUGCACUUUCCUGCCUGGCCGAGACAUCCUCCGCUAUUUCAAGUUUCAUCUCAAGAGGGUAAGGGACAGCUUUCCCGGAACAGAGGUGGAGCAGUUUGCCCAUUUCAUUGUGGAUGCCCUGAAGAAAACCAAAUGCAGAGAGAUGGUGCCAUCCCAGGAGGAGAUCUCCGCCCUACUGACGCGCAGCAAUAUGAACACGACGGUUUACUGCCAUGGAGGAGGUUCCUGCCAGAUCAGUAUCCAUUCCCACACCACUGCCGGCGAGGUGGUGGAGAAGUUAAUCCGCGGUCUAUCUAUGGAUAACAGCAGAAACAUGUUCGCCCUAUUUGAACACAACAAAGCUAUGGACCGAGCGGUGGAAAGCCGCGUGAUCGUAGCUGAUGUGCUUGCAAAAUUUGAGAGACUGGCCGGCACAGGAGAGGAGGAGGACGAGGCAGUACAGUGGAAUCUAUACUUCAAACUCUACUGCUUCCUCGACGUGCAGAGCGUUCCUAAAGAGGGUGUUGAAUUUGCCUUCAUGUUUGAGCAGGCCCAUGAGAGUCUGACAAGCGGCCACUUUCCAGCCCCUGAAGAAACCCUGCAACACUUGGCAGCCCUGCGGCUUCAGUAUCAGCAUGGAGACUUCUGCAAGGUCUCCUGGAACUUGGAGUCCGUGUAUCCCGUGCAGCGACUAAAGAACAAGAUCCUGCAGGCCACCAAGAGCAGCAGCAGCUCCGGGCAGACCCUGGAGAGGAGGAGGACCAGCUUUCUGGAGGGCACUCUUAAACGUGGUUUCAAAGUGGGCUCUAUGAAGAAGCAGAAGAUGGAGGAGGAGCAGAUGCUGGAGAUGUGGGUGAAGGAAGAGCUGUCUGCCGCUCGCACCAGUAUAGCUGAGAAGUGGAGCAGGCUGCAUGGGAUGUCUCAGCACCAGGCCAUGGUGAACUAUAUGGUCAUUAUCGCGGAGUGGCCAGGAUACGGGUCUACGCUCUUUGAUGUUGAGUAUAAGGAAGGAGGCUUUCCUAACGAUCUGUGGCUGGGCAUCAGUGCAGAAAACGUCUCCGUCUACAAGAGGGGGGAACCGAGGCCGCUGGAAACCUUUCAGUACGAGCACAUCAUCUUUUUUGGAGCUCCGCAGCCCAACACCUUCAAGAUCACAGUAGAUGAUCGGGAGAUGUUCUUUGAAACGACUCAGGUUGGGGAGAUCCCCAAGAUCAUGAGGGCGUACAUUAACAUGAUCGUCAAAAAGCGGUGCAGCGUCAAAUCCAUCACCAGCCAGGACAGCCAGUUCAACAGCUGGGCCAGGUGAUGCCCUCUACUGGUGGAUUCCCAGAAAGCAUGCAAGUGGUUAACAUCCGUGCCCGAAACUGUUAAGCAAAGGAAACCUGAAGACUUGUUUACAUGCACAAUACCCAUAGACUAGGAGGACAGAAGCCAUCUGAUUAAUGUGAAGGACACAUGAUGAUCAUGAAGUAAUCCUGAUCCUAGGAACUUUUUUAAACUUUCAUUAUUAAUAUCUCACAUUGGAUCCAAGCUGGUUGUAGCAUAAUUGCACAGCAGACUGCAAGCCUUGAGUCAUCAAGGCACCUUUUUUUUUCUGGAGAACCAAUUACAACAGAUAUCUCUUUUUCUAUGACGCUAUUGUCUUCCUGCUGAUGAUGCGAUAUGAAGUAGCUUCGUUGCUUUAUCUUUUUUGGUCUUCUGAAUACUUCUCAGGGCAAGAAUUUCCGGGAGUGUAUUCCACACGGCAAUGCAUGAAGAAUCGACUGUCAACAGAUCUCGGUCUCCGAUGUAGAUUAGCAGUAUUAAUGAACUCUGUGGACUGUCCCCUCU